UCCACCACCUUAUCCACACUCCCCCAUACAAACAAACUUCUCUCCCUUCUCAAUCUUCCCCAAUUUAUUAUCAUCAUCCCCAAAACUAAAACCCUAAGAAAUCAAAUUAUCCAUACCAGGCAGAAAUAAACAAUGGCAGCCACGAUAUCUCCGGCGACAGUCCUUGCCGCGGCCGCCGUGGGCCCCAGCAGCAGAUCGUCCCAGAGGAGGCCACGUGUCAACUACAUCAACGGCCUCAAUUCAUUCGGCGGCCUCAAGGCGAACAACAGCGUCGCCGCGUUAGGGCUCCCGGUCUGCACCGACCACUCCUUCGCGAUGAUCGUCAGCUCGUUGAAGAAGCCCUCGCAGAGCAGAAACGGCGGCGGCGGCGCUCUCACCUCCACUUGCAAUGCUAUUGGUGAGAUCUACACCAUCGCCGCCAUUAUGCCCGCCCUUGUUCUCGUCGGCGUCGCCAUCGGAUUCGUCCUUCUCCGAAUCGAAGCCAUCGUUGAGGAAGAAUGAUUGGGGAAACUUCCAAUUUGGUUCAUAAUUGUUUUUUUUUUUUUGGCUGUUUUUAUUUGAUUCUAUUUUGAAUGAACAUCUGAUUUAAAAUUCCAAUUCGCCUACAUUAUAUUCAUAAAUAUAUAUAUAUAAAGUUGUAAUAAAAUUAAUUUCUUA